AUGGAAUUCUCAGGCAGGACCUGUUCAAUUUGUCGCACUGUUCUCCUUCCUGACACAGGGUCGGUACUCAAGGGGCGUUCUCAAUCACCGCACCAGCCAUUUGAGAUCUUCCGUGCAGCUGCCCUAGGAAAUUGUGUCAUCUGCUCAACGAUAUGGAAUCUCACCGACCAACAUCGCCAUGCGUGGACAGACGCUCCACAGAUAUCCUGGACUCCGAUGCAAUACAUAACACAACUGUAUACUGGCGAAGAGAAAAUUGUAACCGUUUUGUUUACGGACCCAAUAGCCCACCAGGUUGCCCAUGCGAGGUUUACACUUAUACCUAUGGAUAGUGCUGACACUGGAUCCGCACCUACGUUGACAACAGCAUACGGAUGGUUUCGCUCUUGUUACUCUACCCAUGCGUCGUGUCGUAGAUUGGCAAGCUUCAACCCUAACCAGCUCCCCACCCGUCUCAUCGACGUCGGCAAUGAUGGUGACACGGAUUGGUUUCUUCGCGUUGUUCGCGAGGACGGCAUUUCGUCGCCAUCAGCACCAUACAUGACGCUCAGUUAUCGUUGGGGCAAUCCAACCAUCUCACUACUAUCCUCUAACAUUACUCGGCUCCGUCGGGGAAGCCCAAUCGCCGACCUCCCUUCCACUUUCCAAGAUUUCAUAGCUGUCGCUCGACGCUUUGGCAUCCAAUAUGUCUGGAUUGAUGCUCUGUGUAUCGUUCAAGAUUCCACCGAAGACUGGGAGGCGGAAGCGUCGACAAUGAGUCAUGUAUAUGCUAAUUCGGCAUGCAAUAUCGCUGCAUCCGCGUCUAAUUAUCCAGAAGAAGGUCUUUUCCGCCCCUGUGAACCUGACCUCGUCCGACCCGGCAAGGUCCUGACCUCUCUAUUCGCCGAUAAACCCUCCCCUCACUACAUCUUUGACAAGGGGUACUGGGACCGACAGCUAUUUGCGGGACCGUUGCACAACCGUGGAUGGGUAUUCCAAGAAUGUUUCCUGGCACCUCGCGUACUCUACUUUGGGAAAGACCAGAUAUUAUGGGAGUGUCUAUGUGAGCAUAAAUGCGAGGGAUUCCCUCAAGGCAUCCCCGCACACUAUUCGGACAAGAACAUGGACCCGCUCUUAGAUUCUAUAUCGGCCGGUCGCUCCAAACUCCCCGGGAAGGGCUCUCCUCUAGUGUUUUAUCUAUGGAAUAGUCUUGUCGAGCAAUACUCUACAUGCCAUUUAACUGAACCUUCAGAUAAAAUGGUUGCCAUCGCCGGGAUCGCAAGGCUCUUUGGCCAAAUCACCGGCGACGAAUACGUAGCCGGCUGGUGGAAGUCGUGGCUGCUUGAGUCACUGGACUGGACAGUUACCAAACCCCAAGUACGACUAUCGGAGGAGUACCGGGCUCCAUCUUGGCCUUGGGCUUCGCUCGAUGGACCGGUUAGACUAACGGGUCCAUGUGACUCCACGGAAUUCCUCGUCCAGGUCAUGGAUGUACAUGUGACCACACGAGGACCAGAUGAAAUGACAAACAUCAUUCAAGGACAUCUGGUGAUAAAGGGCCGCACAGUUCCGGCAGUCUAUCUGGAGAGCGGAGCCCAUCUCCUAGUCACGAGCGAGCGUCAGCUUAUGGUAGACCUAUUUCUAGAUUCUUUGAGUAUUGACUUUCCCGAGGGUAAAAUGGUUGAAUGCAUCCCCUUGAAAAAGGACUACCUCCUUCCAGAACCCGGUGAAGGGACACGCCCUUAUAUUCAAUGCCUUUUACUCGAGGGGCUCAUAUUCGAUGUUGUGAACUUUGUGAACAUCCAUACCAGCAGCCGUAACCAAUAG